GGUUACAACAGGUUGUUUAUAUCGGAAGUGAAGCGCAGAAGGCGCUGGAAGGCAGGCACCUUCCUUAUGUGCAUGGUUUAAAAGUUAUAUGUGCUGCCGUGAGUUGAUCUUUUAUUUCAAAUAAUGUGGCGGAAUAUCAGGUAGUUUAAAAUGUUGGUUGGCUACAGCAGCAGCUCGGAGGACGACGGUGAGGCUGGCGGUGAAGCUGAAGGAGACAAAAAUCAGAGUGAAACUACCUGCCGAAAGUGCCAAGAGGAAGAUGAUGGUUUGCCAACGAGGAAGAAACCCAAAACUGAGGAAGAGGGCCCCAAAUCAAGACUGCCUCUCCCUGGCUGUGUGUUGGCCAUGUUUCCAGACGAGGUGGACUCACAGACUGAAGACAGCUCUCUUCAUGGUGGACGCAUCCGCUCCUUCAAGCAUGAAAGAGGAAACUGGGCUAGCUACAUUUAUUUCCCAUAUCAUCCUGAGGAAGAGUUUGGGGAGCUGUUGGAUGGGAUUCUCUCGGCAGCAGGUGCCCGGGGUGUGGUUUUGACUGCGCAGGAUGAGUUCCACCUCAGCCUGUCCCAGACAGUGGUGCUCAGACACCACUGGAUCCAGCCGUUCACACAGAGCCUCAAGUCAAGCCUUACAGGCUGCAAAAGGUUCGUGUGCUCGGCAGGGAGACUGCGCGUGUACUCUAAUGCAGAGAAAACGAGGACAUUCCUGGGGAUGGAAGUGUCAACUGGGCAUGCUCAGUUGUUGGAUCUGAUCCGAACUGUUGACAGGACGAUGACAGAGUUUCGCCUGGAGACUUUCUAUAAGGAUCCAUCCUUCCACGUGAGUCUGGCCUGGUGUGUGGGAGACCAGACAGUGCAGAUGGAGGAGUGCAUGCAGGAGCUGCAGAGUCUAGUAGACGACCAUGAAGACGGACCAUUUGUGUUGAGGCUGGACUGCUCGGAGCUUCGCUGCAGGACGGGAAACAAGACUUUCCGCUUUCCUCUGGAAUCCUAAAACAUCAAGUGACUAAUGGAGUAAAGCUGAUAUUGUCUUUGCACAGCUAUGAGGAAGACUCGUUACCUCAGCUCUGACUCCAGUGUUCACUGAAAUGCUAACAUUUUAAAGUCCUUUAAAAACUCCUGGAACACCCCAACAAACACAAUCACGGCUAACUGCAAAAGUAUUGAAAUGUUUUAUGUAUUUAAAUAAAGCUGUUACUUCUUUCGUACUUUUCCAUUACGUAUGGGACAGCGGUGAGAGCUCUGAAGAAUUAUGGCAUAUGCAUUACUGCGUCGCUGCAGGGAAGUUGUGGAUUUAGUCAGCAUAGAAACCUCAAGUGUCACAGCUGUAAGUUUUAAAUUUUAGCUCCAUGUUUUUGUACAUUUUUGAUUGGCUCCCCCUGGCAAACAGAAAUAAUGGGGCUUCCUGUGGUUAGAGCAAAGGUUGUGUGGGCGCCUGACUUGAUCAUAUAAAUCACAUAGUCCUAAUCUUCCUAUACAACAUCCAUACAUGGAGAAAAUAAAACAGAGCUUUAGAGUAAGGUAUACAAGAGGGAUUCACUGCAAAUAUUUGAAAGAAUUUAAUGAAUAGAAGGCAGCACGUGAAUAAGUAGAUCAUCUUGGUCUGGUCCGGUGAGGGGCAGCAUGGCACAAUACAGUCACGUCAGAACAGAUUAUUUGAUUUUUAACUUUUCACAUCCACAAAAGAAAAACCCAUCUCAUGGUCUUGAGUCAUCCCCUGGUGGCUGUAAUUAAGCUUCAGAGCAUGAAAUCCAGUGUCAAGAACUAAUUUAUUGAAUCAUUCUGUCCUGAUGUAUACAAAAGUCGUAGGAUUUAUUAAAAUCAAAUCUUUGUCCUGAACAAACCAUCUUAGAUUUUCAAAAAGCAUCAGCUCUUUAAAUGAUGGCAUUCAGUGUGAUCAGUACCAGACACAGUCAGAAGGGGGCCCUCUUCCCCAGACUGGCCAGCCCAGGUUGGGCUCACCCUCUGAGAGAAACCCAAAACAGACCUUUUGAUACGUCUGCACAGAGUAAAGUUUAAACCCACAAAUGUAAACAAUCAGUUGUAAA